UGCGAGUUUGCAGAAUCACUUGUCACAAGUUCUCGUUAUUUCGCUGCAGAAAAGUCCCACUUCCACGUAUCAUAGUCAAGAUUAUGACAUUAAUGUGACCAAAUACCUGUAGAAUAUUGAGAAGGCGACUUUUAUGCGUGAGCAAACGGAGCCUCCUAGCAGUCGUGUUGCACGAUUGAGUGGCGCUAUCGGCCAGCUGCGUCUACGUGUACCGUUGAAGCAGAAUGGAAAUCGCAUUCCUAGGUACGGGGUCUGCCUACCCCUCGCCAAUGAGAGGAGCAUCCUGUGUCGUCCUCAAAAUGGAGUCUGGUAGUUGUUGGAUGUUUGAUUGUGGCGAAGGCUCCCAGACUCAGGUGAUGAGGAACAAGGGCGUCAAGGCGGGGAAGAUCAACAAGAUAUUCAUCACACAUCUCCAUGGCGACCAUAUGUUUGGUCUUCCUGGCCUGAUGUGUACGGUGAGUCAGGGGAAUCUCUGCGAUGAGACCGUGGAGAUCUAUGGCCCCAUUGGAUUGAGGAAGUUCCUCAGGACGAGCUUGGAGUUGUCACGAUCGAUGCUCGGAUUCAGCUACGUCGUCCAUGAAUUGUUGCCUCUUGCAGCUUGUUACCCGGCUGACUGGAAUGAGUGGCCUGUGCAACAUGAAUCGGAUGAUCGUCUCCAUGUGAAUGAGGAAGCAGGAAGUCUCAUCGAGGCUGACGAGGGACAAGUCUGGCAAGUAUAUGAAGACGAGAUGGUGAGCAUCAAGGCUGGCUGGUUGGUUCACAGGAUCCCGUCAUUUGGUUACGUCAUUGAGGAGAAGCCGAUAGCCGGGAGGCUGGAUGUAUCAGUGCUUAAAGCGCGAGGGCUGCCACCUGGGCCACUGUAUGCCCAGCUGAAGCAGGGGAAAUCUGUCAUUUCCCCAAGCGGCGAACUUAUCCAUCCAGAUGAAGUGGUAGGUCCUCCUCGGCCUGGACGCAAGAUCGUCAUCAUGGGAGAUACAUCUGAUUCUAGUCACAUGACCGCCGUUGCCAUGGAUGCGGAUGUUUUGGUCCAUGAGGCGACACUGGAGGAUGGUCGUAAAGCAGAUGCGAUAGAGAAAGGCCAUUCUACUCCAGGCAUGGCAGCUACCUUUGCAUACAACAUAAAUGCCAAGAGACUCAUUCUGACGCACUUCAGCCAGCGGUACAAACCGUUGGACGCCGAACUCAAGGAGGAGGACGUCUCGGUGUCGACUUUGGUAAAACAAGCGAAGGACGUGUUUUCAUCUGAGGUGAUCGCAGCCGAGGACUUCUUGUCGGUUCCUGUGCCCAGGAAGUCAUGAUGACUGAUGUGAAGUUGGAUGUGUUAUUAGUGACAAGUGAAAGAGGCGGGGCGGAUGACGUCAUCACAGCACUCUCACCUGGAUAUACGCCGGGGCAGGUGACGUCAUCGCAGUACUGUCACCUGGAUAUACGCCGGGGCGGGUGAUGUCAUCACAGCACUGUCACCUGGAUAUACGCCGGGGCGGGUGACGUCAUCGCAGCACUCUCACCUGGAUAUACGCCGGGGCAGGUGACGUCAUCGCAGUACUGUCACCUGGAUAUACGCCGGGGCGGGUGAUGUCAUCACAGCACUGUCACCUGGAUAUACGCCGGGCGGGUGACGUCAUCGCAGCACUCUCACCUGGAUAUACGCCGGGGCGGGUGACGUCAUCGCAGCACUCUCACCUGGAUAUACGCUGGGGUAGCUGAUGUCAUCGUAGCACUGUCACCUGGAUAAACGCCGGGGCGAGUGACGUCAUCACAGCACAGUCACCUCGAUACCCUUCAUACUGAUUGGCUAACACUUGCCGGUCUUCAAGUUUGAUAAGUUGAUAGACAGUGGUUGGCAUCGGGAAUGAACUGAUCGCUUGUGACCUAACCACCAAUACUUCUAUCAGUAGGUUUACCCCCCCCCCCCCCCCCGUUUUUUAGUCUAGGCCUAUUGACAACGAAUAUUCAAUAAAAGAAAUCGCAUUGAUGAUAAAGUGAAAUCUUAAAGGGCCUGUCAUCUGAACUCUUACUAUGAAAUUUAUGCAAAGGCGAAAGGCAUAACCAUUGAACUGUCUGAUCAUGAAGAUUCACGUUGGAUAAUAGAACAUAACAUUUAUUACUGAGAUCAUCACAUUGGCUACAUUUAGAAAUACUUCCGGUUCCUGUUAGUGUCAUAGACAUCCACUAGGGGAGAACCUAAGGGUUAGUGGGAACUGAACAUGAGCAUGUAUGCUUGGACACUACAUUCCUCCCUUUCUGGAUGAAAACUUAUCAUCAAGCAGAAUUUGUGACAUAAUGAAAGUUCAAAAUGUCUAUCUAGGAAAUGAGAGCGAUUGUUACUGCGAUAUAUGAAAAUUGUCUAAUAUAUAGUAGUAAACACACAAACUAAACUAAUAGUCCAAUUGGUAAAUGAACAUCAAUUAAACUGCAAAACACUAGUCUAAACAUCUAAUUCUAAAGUCAUUAUGAACACUUAAGUGAGGGAGAGGUUACCAGCACAUCACCUUAAGAAUCCAAUCUUUACCAUUGGAAUGUUCAUGACAUAGGCCACUUUCAUGUUAUUUCACAUUGUUUGAUUAUUUAUGAAAGUUGCCUGGUAGUCCAUCGUAAUCGUUGAAACGGACUUGUAACUUAUGCGAGCGUGCUAGGCGCGUGCUCGGCGGACGUAGGCAUGGUUUGAGCGGUGCGGCGUUAUUCCCAUCUUUAUGCGGAAGUUGCUGAGCUGCAUCGGCGGAAUCCAUGGUGUCGUCUUCGUCAUCGGCGGUCGUUUCGUCGCGUUAAGUUGGGUCGAUCCGUUUGAAAUGAGUGACGUUGCGUGUAAUCGUGUAUGAUCCUCGGCGUGCGGUGAUCAUACUGCCUUUCUUGCUAUCCAUGGUUAAAGACUUGGGGUCAAAAUUGGGCGAGAGUUUAUUUUGACGGUUCUGACGUACAAAGACGGUGUCUCCUUGACAGAUGUCAGAGACUUUGGCGCGUCGUUUCGUAUCAGCAUAGCUUUUCAUAGUUUGCUUCUUCAGCUUGUCGUUCUGCUGAACUCGGGAGCGCGUCCCUUUGAAUGGUUUUGCAUCACGUUCGGGUAUCUGCGGGAGUGGAGUGCGGAAGCGGCGAUUGUUCAAAGCUUCGGCUGGGGCGACACCUGUGGUCGUGUGAGGAGUUGCCCUGUAUUGGCGCAGAAAACGGCAGAGUUCAUGCUUCCAGUUCUUCUUUUCUAUCCCGGCUGUUCGUAUCGCUUUUAUCAUCGGAUCCAUGAAGCGUUCUGCCUCACCGUUGGCUUGUGGCGACAGUGGGGUUACUUUUCGAUGUUUGAACCCGAGUUGUUUGGCAAAUUGAUCAAAGUCCUUGCUGUUGGACGGGGGACCGUUAUCUGAUCGUGCUGUUUCUGGAAUUUCUUGUCGAGCGAAUAUAUUGUCCAAUUUUGGAAUUACGGUUUUGGCUGCUAUUGAGUUGAUGACUGUAGUCGUCUACUACAGUUAACAGCAUAUCGUUGGAUGGCAGUGGACCGGCAAAGUUCAUAGACACUUCACUCCACGGAGCUGCAGGAAGGCGAGACAUAGUGAGUGGUUCUGGAGGGGUAGAAUUUCGAGUCGUUGCCUGACAUGGUAUGCAUUGCUUGAUGGUCUGCUCAGCCAUCUUGUCGAUACCUGCAAACCAUACUAGUAUCUUCGAGCGUAGUAACCGUUUUGUCUUGACGAUUCCUUGGUGACCAAUGUGGGCGAGGUCGAUUGCUUUCUGCUGGAGUUUUUCAGGAAUCAGCAAGCGGGUUUGUCGCAGGAUCAUGUCGUCAUGAGAUAGCAGUUCUGCUCGAAUUGGUUUGUAUGGGAUCAAGUUCUUGUCCUUCCAGCUGUUUGUCUGUAGUGCUGUGUGCAGUUUUUGAAUGACUGGGUCACUGCGAGACACUUCUCUGAUCUCAUCGAUUGACAUGGCAUUUGGUACAGCGUGUUGGCAAACGAAGUUGACGUAUUGUUCUGCGACAUUUUCUUCUUCAGCUGGAGUGCUUGGGUGGCGGCUGAGGAAAUCUGCUGGAUUGUUUUCAUCUCGUCCCGGUUUGUAUGCAAGAUCGAAGCUAUAGGGAAUGAGACGGAGGCGCCACCUUUCCAUCCUGGCAGAAGCUGGCUUCGUGAUGUUUACGAUUCCAAGGAGCGGUUUGUGGUCGGUUAUAAUCGUAAAGUGUGAGCCGUAGAUGUACAAAUGAAAGUGCUCGGCUCCCCAUACUGCGGCUAGCAUUUCGUGAUUGGUUUGCGAGUAUUGUGAUUCGACAUUCAUUCUGAGAGUGCACGGCUGGCAUAGCUAACGACCUUGUUAUUUUGGGUGAGGAUGGCUCCGAGACCGGUUGGGCUGGCAUCGACGAUGAUUUCUGAGUGUUUCUUGGCGUCGAAAUACUCCAUGACCUGGGCACCAGCCAGGGCUUGCUGGAGGUCCUUGAACGAUUGUUGGUGGCGGCUGUCCCAGAUCCAUGGUGUGUCCUUGCGCGUCAGCUCACGAAUUGGUGUGGUUAUCGAAGGGUAGUUGGGAACGAAUCUGGAAACGUAUUGAGCCAUACCAAGAAGAGAUUUGACUGCGGAUGCGUUGUUGGCGGUGGAGCAUUUACGAGUGCGUCGAUUUUCUUCGGAUCUGCAGCUAGGCCGUCUUUGCCAAAGACAUAACCAUGGAAGGACACAUGCUGUAGGACUGCUUUCAAGUUCAUAUCGUGCUCUCGCUUGGUUUUUACGUGAACAAUGAUGUCAUCAGAGAUAUUGAUGCAACCGAUGAUGUCGCAAAGAAUCUCUGCAAUGGUGCUCUGGAACACUUCCGAAGCGGCAUUGACACCGCACAAGAGUCUCUUGUAUCGAUAAAGUCCCAUGUGAGUGCUGAAGGUCAUAAUGUAUCGUGAUUUUGGAUCGAGCUCGAGUUGAUGGUAGCACUGGUUAGGUCUAGCGUCGUAAACAUUGUAGAUCCAUUAAGAUCGGUGAUAAGUUCAUCUAUUGUUGGCAUCGGAUGUUUCUCACGUAGGAUGGCGGUAUUUGCUGCACGCAUGUCGACGCAGAUGCGAGUUUUGCCAUUUUUCUUAGGCACUGCGACGAUUGGGCCUACCCAUGGUGUUGGACCAUCGGCUUUCUCGAUAAUGUCCAGUUUGAUGAGACGAUCGAUUUCGACUUCCACAUCUUUCCUGAUGUGGAAUGGGAUCCGUCUGUGGCGCUGGUGUUUAGGUGGAACUUCGGUGUUGAUAUGGAGCUUGGCUUGGCGUCCACGAAGUUUGCCGAUCCCGGGUUUAAACAAGUCUGGAAAUUCUUGAGUUACGUCAGGUUCCGCGUUCACGUUAAAAUUGAUGGAGAUCAUGCCUAGGGUUUCGGCAGUUGUGAAACUUAGGAGGUUGCCUCCUGCUCCUGACACGACGUAGAAUGUGGUCUGUGUCGACAUUUCUCCGUUACGGACAUUGGCGGUGAACGUUCCUGUGACGGGCAACGGCGUCUUCGAAUUGUAUUGAUACAGGCGUCAGCAGCUGUGCUGUGUGUGGGCGAGAUUGGCGUAAUUCAUCGUAUGAGGCUUCGUCGAUGAUGUUGACCGAUGCUCCGGUGUCGAUCAUGAACUGCAUAGGACAGGUGUUCAGCUUUAUGCGGCAUCGUGGUAGGCGAGUUUUCGACUGAGCUACGUUUCUAACUGAGUAUACGUACUCAUCAUCCGACUCUAGAUCUACUGGCCGAGUUGAUGGUUCACUUUGGAUGGCGUUCGCACGUGCUUGUCGUUGACUUUUCUGGCAAACCUUGUUGAAAUGACCGACUGUACCACAGGCGCUGCAGUCUUUGCCUGUGGCGGGACAACUUGCAUCAUUCUUAUGAUGGCGUGUGGAGCUGCCACAGAAGUAGCAGCUCUUGUUGUUUCGCAAAGAGGGCUGCUUUCGCGGGUUGGUCGUCGUGUCUGGUUGCGAAUCGUGCUAUUGGGGUUGAUAUUUGGAGUGAGACCGUGAUCUGGGCUGUGGCCUGUGUUGUUGAUGACCACCUCGACUUCGUUGUCGGCCUCUGCCGCGGCUAGCUGACCGUUGGACGGCAUUCACGGAGGCUUUAGUGGCGGAUUCCACUUUGUCGGCUUGUUUAUCACUGAGCUCCAAAGCUCGGGCAGCAGCGCAAAGAUGAGCACGCAAGGAUGAUCUGGUCGUUUACUUCCUUGUCGACGUCUGUAAAUCCACAGGACUUGGCGAGCUUGCGAAGCCUUGUGACGUAGGAGUCGAUUGACUCACCGUGAUCCUGGUUGCACUGUCUGAACGUGUAUACUUCGAAAGCUGUGUUCGUGCGUGGCGUGAAAUAGGUCGUGAGGGCUUUGGCAGUUGUGUCGAAAAUCCUUUCAUCACCAGUGGGGUCUGGCACCGUAAGUGCUUCAAAGAUUUCAUCGGCAUCUGGGCCUGCAUAGUGAAGCAGUAAUGCUUGCUUUCUUGCUGCGUUUGUUAUGUUCAUGCCAAGGAGUAGGCGCUGCAAUCUUGUUAACCACUUUUCCCAUCUGGGCCCGAUGUUACCAUCCUGAGAGAGGUCAAAAGCUGGGAAGGUUGGGAGAGACGUCAUGAUGCACUAGGAGCUGUGUGCAUGCACUGGACAGUGUGGAGCUUUCACUAAGACUGAGGGCGAGAUUCAGCUGAGAAAAGUUCAGAUUUUGGCCUAAAUGUCAUUGCUUUUCAUUAAAAUCGGUAGUUGUGCUGUUGCUUGAGACGUUCUUUAGCAUCCUCGUCGCCAGAUGUAGGAUUGAUGGUCCUCUGAUCAUGAAGAUUCACGUUGGAUAAUAGAACAUAACAUUUAUUACUGAGAUCAUCACAUUGGCUACAUUUAGAAAUACUUCCGGUUCCUGUUAGUGUCAUAGACAUCCACUAGAGGAGAACCUAAGGGUAAGUGGGAACUGAACAUGAGCAUGGAUGCUUGGACACUACAAUUCCUGUUGACGAUGUCGGCGUUGUUAAUGAAAACAGUGGUUCGAUGCAACUUCUAUUUGUUUUGUGAUUGUAUCUCAGAAAAUCUCAGAAACAAGGAUGCAAACAAUGGGAUCAUCUCAUUUAGGACUGUAUCAAAUUUUGACAGCAACGAGUGAAUUUAUAAGUCCGCCAAUAUCCAAUGACUGAUUCUCAAUCUGGUAUGUUUGUCACGACAAAUUGUUACGGGAUAUAUUUCAUUCUUUAACAUGCCAUGAGGCGCAAGCGCCCGCCCGCCCAGAGUUACAACUCGUGGUUGCGCCAAAUAACGGUGUGCCACGCGUCGCGUGAUAUCAAACUGAUAUGGCUGUGUCAUGUGGCGCAAACUCGAAUAAUGCUGAGCCCUCGUCCGCAUACAGGGAGCUUUCGUGGCUGUGCCACUUCAAAUACGGCUGGCCCAAAUAAUGCUUUGCACUAUUAGUCAGUGUGCGGCUAGCAUUAUACGAUACCUCUUUUAAUAAGUAUACGUAUCAUGCUGAUGCAGCGAUUGUUUUUCAACAGUAAUUUUGCUGCUAGGAGAUUGUGUGUGCGAUUUAAGAGGCGUUUUGGUGGAGCGAAAUUGAUUUGUCGACAGCCGCUUCAUAUACAUUUGUGCUGCAAUUUACGGUCGGUCCUAACGAGGUCCAAAUUUUUGGCAGGGGAAGGAGCGUGUUAACUGACCCUGGUUAGCGAGAAUACAUUGCCUAGACGCUAACCAUUAACAUUACCUUUAUCAAGUUGACAUCAAGAAGGAUGACGUGUUAAUGUACAUUUUAUUAUUUCAUAUUAUCAGCCAUUAGAAGUAACAAUUCACCGCAAGAUUACAGCAAGUCUAGUCUGGUCAAGUGCCAGGAUUAGAAGUUCCGGAAUGAAAUACCAGUGAAAUGAAAAUGUUUAUGUUUUUCCCUAAUCAAAAUGACCCAAUCAUACCGAUGUUAUAGGGAUGUUUGCUACCAGUAUACAGCGUAUAUACAAUUCGUAAUAAUCAUCAAAGUUGUGUCUACCGGUUGUCCAAGUUCAACACAAAAACACAAAUAAUUUACAAGAUUAAAACUACAAAUUAAAAUCGUACAUUAAAAUUGAAUAUAGCUUUUCGCGAUUCACAAAAGUUCGGAGACGCAGCAUUUUUACGGUCACAUUUCAUCCAUACAGAUUAUAAUACAGACUAACGAAUGAAAACCGCGGCCGGCGGUGGGGAGAUUUUUGUUAAAAGUUAACUAUUUGAUGUGGGGAUUGUCCCAUUUACAAGCCUAGCUGCCAUUGACAACCACGGACUGAAUCGUAUACAAGAAAAGUGUCCCAUGCACCUUAUGGUUUAAGAACCAGGUUAACAUUUGCCUCAACCAGAUCACGUUUCAGUUGCGAGCGUUCAGUUUGCCACUCUACCAGAGCGUCCCAAUGCUGGUUCUCCAAAACUCUAAUUUUAUUUUCAAACCCUGUUCUCAAAAUCGAUUCUUCUUUUCUCUUAUUCGAUUCUGCAUUAACAAGUUUGUCCUUGUAAACAUCAAUGAUCUUUUGCAUCUCGGCCAUGUUGGUUUCAUACAUUUUCUGUUGUUCAGACAGUUGAGUCGCAAGGGUCGCUUGCAUCUCGCGUAUCUUACUCUUGAAGUGCUGGACCUUCUCAUCGCAGAUCCGUUCAUUUUCUUUCACCCGUUGCUCGCACCUCCCCUCCUGCCCGCGGAAGUUGCCGUCCAUUAUUGCUCUCUGCUUGUCACACUCCGAAGCAAUAGUCUCUUUCUCUGCUCGCAACUUAAUAUAGGCUUCGUUGAGUUUUUGUUGCGACACUUCCCAGGUAUGUCGGUUUCUUUCCAGCUCUGCCUUCUUCUCACUUAGUUCCGUCUCAAGUCUUUCCUUGUCACUUGUUGUCUGUGACUUUGCCAAUAAAAGUUUGUUCCACCAGCUUUGGUGAUCCUCUUUAUACUUUGAUUCUAGAUCUUUUAUAGUCUUUUCAAGGGAUUUCGUGAUAGCCGUCUCAUCCACAAUUCUCUGUUUGAGCUGCAUGAUCUCUCCUGUAAAAAUACACAAUGUAUAGGUGUCAGUUGAAAGAAAUUUAACCGAAUUCCGGUCAGGUUUUUUUAAUCGGAAGUGUUUUAAGUAAAGAAAUCAGUUCGAGAGCAAACCUCUGUAAUAUUAUACAUAUGUGCAUGGACAAAACAAACAAAGAGUGAGACCUCUGAUAUUGUACAUUUGUACAUGUGUGCAUGUACAAAAGGUACAUGUAUAUAGAGCAAAACCCUGUUAUAUCAUACAUGUACAUGUGUGCAUAUUGAGGACAAAAUGUGUAGAGAGAAAAACCUCUGAGGCAUUAGAGAUGUGUGCACAUUUUGGACAAAAUGUAUGGCAACUGUAUUCCUUCUGGCAUGUCUAACACAGAAGGUUGGUUAUAAGAAGCAUCUUUUGUGAAAUAUGGUACCUUGAAAGAGAGGAUCCGCCACACUUAAAAUCCUAUAUUAUGCUACUGACAGCACCUUUUAAAAAGGCCAACUACGUUUCAGACUACACGUAGAGUCGCCGUAAAUAAUAUUUUGUCUAAAAGGCUUUUGUACCUGAUAUUUGAUCACGCAAUCGUUUAUAUUUACCAUUCACUUAAACCAAAUCUUUAAACUCGAGACAUAUUAUUUUAAUUUCCUAUCAUCGUGUACGUAUCCGCUGAACAGCCGAGCUUUAUUCUCGAUCAACUGAUGUGACCAUCGUGAAUCAAUAAAUGUCUCCGUUCUCCUUA